AUGCCUCUCGAGAACAACCAAGACAAGGGGGCCACCGGCGCCGCCAAGUUCGUCACCAGCGCCAUCGGCAACACGGUCGGAGGAAUCGGCCGCACCGCAGGCAACGUCACCGGCGCUGCCUCCCGGGGCAUCGGCGAUACCAUCACUGGUGCGACUGGCUCGGCCGGCAAACCCGUCGGCGAUGCUAUCAGCGGCCUGGGCACCGGCGUCGAGAACGGCGCCGACAGCGUCAGUAAGGGCGUCGAGAACGCGGGACAGUGGAAGAAAUAG